GAAAAAAAAGCUAACUAACUCGAGAGUAACAAAUAUUUACCACUUUACCCCUCUUCUUCUUCCUCGCGACCCCGCCCCCCUCCGUCGCCGCACUCCGGCAUUUCUCCGGCUCAGCCCCCACCACGCGGCUGCGGCGAGCGAGCGCGCGAGCCAAAUGGGAGCCCCCACUCCUCUCCCGCUCCAACCCGAUAACUCCCCACGACGCAAGCGCCGACUCCCUCCCGUGAGGCCUCCGCCUCCCGCCCGCCGACGCCGCGCGGGCGACGAGGAGGUGCCCGCACGACGACAGCUUCGAUCCGAUCCCCGGGCACCGGCAAUGGCCUGGGCACCUCCAAGCCCCAACCUCAGCGCUACAUCCUCGACAUGCUCCCGUGCCCUAGCCCCAGAUACCAGGUCGUGAUUUGGUUUGAUUGGACGCAUAAAUUAUUCGUUGGAGGCGUUGAAGGGGGGGUGGGGAGCGGGAGGAAGGCAGCAGUCAUUUGCCUAAUAACUGUACUGUAAGUGAAACACGACAGCCCAGGUUCACAAAUAAGCGUUGAGGAUGCUUCUCUUGGAGAUUCGGUGGGACAUGAUAGAUGUCUCGUCGAGGGCGUAUACUGCCGCUACUCUUUAGUACCAUCAUGUUAUGGAUUCAAUUUUGUCGAGCAUCACUUUUAAGAUUUUCAGAUAGUUCAUGUCUGAAGAAGUUCGAUGACGGGGAUAGCUUGUUAAUUAAUUUCCCCGCAAGCGCGACAAAGACAGACCAAGUCUUCCGCAUCAUGGCAUGUCCACUUCUUCUCCAUGAUAACUGACCUGGCACUUUGCAGAGUCAACUAAGGUGUGCUUGGGCUUAUAAUAGUAUACUUCCUGAACCGUACAGCCAACCGCGACGUUAAUUGAUGGCGGAGAAAUAAUGGCUCUUUUCGUUCAUCUGGGGCAUGGAUAGAACCAAGCCAAACAAGCCGGCCCUGAAGUCAAAGUCAAGAAGGAGUUUCAACUCCCUUACCCUUCUACCAUAUAUCUAAGCACACACGCAAAGCAUUUAACCAACAUACUCCAUCACAACAAGAACAGAGACAUGGCUCCUCAAGUUUUUCACACCCAAUCUCUGAUUGCUCCAUCCCACCAUGCACUGUUUCUUCUCUGUGCCAUCCUCAUAUUUCUGUCCUCCAACACAAUAGUAUCCACAUCAGCACAAGCUAGCAACAAAUCCGAGAGUGACCGGCAAGCUCUUCUCUGCUUCAAAUCUGGCAUCUCCAGGGAUCCUGCCGGUGUUCUUGGAUCAUGGCGCAACGACUCACUUCACUUCUGCAGCUGGCAAGGGGUCAACUGCAGCUCUACCAUCCCAAUCCGUGUCGUGUCCAUCCAAUUCAGGUCUACGCAACUCACAGGAACACUAUCCAGUUGCAUAGCAGCCCUUAGUUCUCUAGUACAGAUGGACCUUCCAAACAAUAAAUUUUCUGGAAGCAUACCUGAUGAGAUAGGUGAGCUUCGGAGCCUCCAAUCCCUGAAUCUUUUUGGCAACAACCUUGCAGGUAACAUCCCUCUGUUGUUAGGAGCAUCUGCAUCUCUUACCCAUGUCAAUCUUGCAUUCAAUAUUCUUAGUGGAUUUAUCCCUGAUUCCUUAGCAAAUAGUUCGUCACUCAGUGAGAUAAUCCUCACAGGUAAUAACUUAUCUGGGGUGAUCCCAGCUAAUUUGUUCAACUCGUCCAAACUUGUUACUGUUGACCUCCGGUCGAAUGCUAUCUCCGGGGCUAUCCCAAAUUUCCCAAAGAUGUCAGCUCUGCAGUUUCUCGAUCUUACAGGGAAUUCACUUUCUGGUACCAUACCAGCAUCUUUGGGAAAUGUUUCAUCUUUGCAUUCUCUCCUGCUAGCACAAAACAACUUAGCAGAAUCAAUUCCGGAAACUUUGGGUCAAAUUCCAAACCUAACAAUGCUAGAUCUAAGUUACAAUAGAUUCUCAGGGUAUAUCCCAGCCACACUGUACAACAUGUCAUCACUUGCGCUCUUUAUCUUAGGCAGCAACGGUUUUAUUGGACAGAUACCUUCUGAAAUUGGCCACUCACUUCCAAAUCUCCAAACAUUGGUAAUGGAAGGCAACCAUUUUCAUGGAUCAAUCCCAGAUUCUCUGAGCAACAUGUCAAAGCUUCAGGUGCUUGAUCUUUCAAGUAACUUGCUGUCUGAUGUGGUGCCUUCUCUAGGAUCCUUGGCAAACUUGAGUGAACUGCUUCUAGGAAAUAAUACACUAGAAGCUGGUGACUGGGCAUUCCUUGUCUCUCUCACCAGUUGCUCAAGCUUGUUAAGAUUAUCAGUGGAUGGGAAUAUCCUGAAUGGAAGUUUGCCAAAAGCAGUGGGCAACCUUUCAACAAAGCUGGAGCGGUUAAACUUUGGAGGAAACCAGAUUUCAGGAAACAUACCAGCUGAGAUAGGCAACCUUAUAAACCUCGCUCUGCUUGACAUGAGCCAGAACAUGCUCUCAGGACAAAUUCCCCUGGCAGUUUGGAACUUGAGCAACUUAAUUGUCCUGAAACUUUCCAUGAAUAGGUUGUCAGGUAAAAUUCCAUCAACAGUUGGUAAUCUUGCUCAACUCAGCCAGCUUUAUCUUGAUGAAAAUGAAUUGUCUGGAAACAUACCAGCAAAUAUAGGACAAUGCAAAAGGCUGCUUGUGCUAAACAUGUCAGUCAACCACCUUGAUGGAUCCAUACCAGGAGAACUCUUCAGUAUUUCCUCCCUUUCAUUGGGUUUGGACUUGUCAAACAACAACCUGACAGGGCCGAUACCUUCGGAAGUUAGUAACCUGAUCAAUCUUGGCCUCCUUAAUGUUUCCAACAACAAAUUAUCUGGUAGCCUUCCUUCUGAACUUGGCCUGUGUGUUCAACUGCUAUCUCUUCAGAUCGAAAGCAACAUGCUUAAUGGGAGUAUUCCCGAGUCUUUCAGCGCACUGAAGGUCAUACAGAAGAUAGAUCUGUCCGAGAACAAUUUAACUGGUCAAGUUCCACUGUAUUUUGGCAACUUCAGCAGCUUAGAUUAUAUUAAUAUAUCAUACAACAAAUUUGAAGGGCCAAUCCCGACUGGUGGAAUAUUUGGAAAUUCAGCUGCAGUAUUCCUGGAAGGCAACACAGGCUUAUGUGAAACAGCUGCUGCCAUAUUUGGAUUGCCUAUUUGCCCAACCUCCUCAGAAACAAAAAGGAAGAUCAAUACACGCCUGCUGCUGAUAAUAGCUCCACCGGCUACUAUUGCUCUGUUCUCAUUUUUAUGUGUUGCUGUCACUGUUAUGAAAGGGACCAAAACUCAACCAUCUGAAAACUUCAUGGAGACAAUGAAGAGAGUGUCAUAUGGUGACAUUCUUAAAGCGACCAACUGGUUCUCUCUGGUCAACAGGAUCAGUUCAAGUCAUACAGCAUCAGUCUACAUUGGUCGGUUUGAGUUCGAGACAGACCUAGUGGCCAUCAAGGUGUUCCAUCUUAACGAGCAAGGUUCAAGAAAUAGCUUUUUCACGGAGUGUGAAGUGCUAAAACACACCCGCCACCGCAAUCUGGUUCAAGCUAUCACCAUGUGCUCCACAGUAGAUUUCGAGGGCGAUGAGUUCAAGGCUAUUGUAUACGAGUUCAUGGCAAACGGUAGCCUGGACAUGUGGAUACACCCAAGGGUUCACGGAGGCAGCCCAAGGAGGCUACUGAGCUUGGGUCAGAGGAUACGCAUUGCUGCUGAUGUAGUUUCUGCUCUGGACUAUAUGCACAACCAGCUUACACCUCCUUUGAUUCACUGCGAUUUGAAGCCAGGCAAUGUUCUGUUGGACUACGACAUGACCUCACGCAUCGGUGACUUCGGGUCCGCCAAGUUUCUCUCUUCAGGUAUUGGUGGAUCAGAAGGCUUGGUUGGUGUCAGAGGAACGAUCGGAUAUAUUGCGCCUGAAUAUGGGAUGGGAUGCAAGAUCUCGACAGGCGGUGAUGUGUACGGUUUCGGGGUGCUGCUACUGGAGAUGCUCACGGCGAUGCGACCGACGGGCGCGCUAUGCGGCAACACCCUCAGCCUCCACAAGUAUGUCGACUUAGCUUUCCCCGAGAGGAUCGGUGAGGUUCUAGAUCCCCACAUGCCAUUCGAGGAGGAUCCGGCGGCUGCUUCCUUAUGUAUGCAGAAGUACAUUAUACCUCUGGUCAGUAUUGGCCUGACAUGUACCAUGGAAUCACCGAAAGAUAGACCUGGGAUGCACGACGUCUCUGCCAAGAUUGUUGCCAUCAAGGAGGCAUUUGUCGAAACCUUUUGAUUAUGGCAACUAGUGGGAUGUGCAUGCAACUUCAAAAGUACAGUUAUACAAAAUUAUAGCUGUAUCACUUGUAUAAUAUAACUAUAACAGUUUUAAUUAUGUGUCUGAUUAGUAUCCACUGUUAUGCUAUAUACUGGCCAAAAUCUGCGGUGCAGUAUCUCA